AUGUCGCUCGAGGAGAGACUGACAAAGAUCCGGGACAACCCGAAGCUGCAGGGCCAGCAGCAGACCCAUGUCCUGCUCUCGGCCAUCGAAGACACGCUCCGCCAGCAAAACUCAGAAUUCACCCCGACGGCAUACUUUGCCGCCCUGCUGUCGCUGCUGGGCCGCCAGAUAAUCGCCGAAGGCAUUGCGAGCAAGGACACAGCCACGGCGACCAUCUACCUGCUGGACCUCGUCACCCCCCAUGUGCCAGCCCCGCUGCUGCGAUCCAAGUUCACCGACAUCCUCACCAACCUCGCGCCCGCCCUCACAGCCCAAGACGCCGAUACGCCACUGAUCCGGUCGUCUAUAGGAUGUCUUGAGUCGCUGCUGCUCGUGCAAGAUGCGCGCGCCUGGGAGCUGCCCCAGACGACCAUCAGCCCGCGCAGGGCUGUCGCGGGACUGCUGCAGAUAUCAAUCGAUCACAGGCCCAAGGUGAGGAAGAGGGCGCAGGAGGCACUCAAAAAGGUGCUGGCGAACCCUCCGCCCAGCCCUGCGCUGGAUCACCCGGCAGCAGAUAUGUGCGCAGAGACCGCGCAGAAGAUGCUCAAGGACAUUGCGACAGAGGCAGCAGCCAAGGCACGCAAGCACAAGGGAAAGAGAGACACAGACAACAAGGAUCCUGAUCUGAUCCACACCCUACAGCUCAUCAAGACGAUUGCCGCAUCAUCUGGUGGCUGGCCAAGUAGCAAGAUUGACGUCUUGUGCGAGCUGCUACUCAACAUCUCCAAGUCUAGCAACGAGUUUUUGACCAUGGCUGCCUUCGACAUCUUCGAGGUUAUUUUUGCAGGCAUGGCCAAUGAGCUUGCUUCUGCUAAGCUGCCCAGACUGCUUGAGGUCAUCUCCGAAUUGCAGCCCUCUAAGAACGACUCGCAGCUGCUUCCACCCUGGAUCGCAGUCGUGUCGCGCGGCUACGAAGUAUCCGCUCAGAUUGAGCCCGAAGAGACCUUUAUGAAACUCCCUGAGCUAUUUUCUACCAUUGCCGAGUUCCUCACAUCCUCCUCGCACAACAUUCGCAUAUCCGCCUCAGAGUGCUUGAUCUCGUUUGUCGUCAACCUCGUUCCCGAAAGCGUUAUCCUUGAGCCCUCGGUUUUCGAUGAGAAGAUUUUGGAGAAGGUAGCCAAGGUUGCGCAAGAUCUCUUGAGCGUCAAGUAUCAAGCUGCUUGGAUGGAGGUAUUCAAUGUCUUUGCCGCCAUGUUCGAGACACUCAGAUGGCGCUCAGACCCUAUCCUCAAGCCUGUGCUGAGGGUCGUUGGAGAUCUAAGAGGCAAUGACAGUUUUUCGGGAAAGAAAGAGGCGGAUACAGUCAUUUCAAAGGCCAUUACCGCAAUGGGCCCUGAUGUUGUGCUUGAGAUUCUCCCCUUGAACCUGCCACGACCACCACCUGGACAGACUGGAAGAGUUUGGAUGCUUCCCCUCCUCCGUGAUUCUGUGCACAACACUAAGCUAGCCCACUUCAGAAAGGAGAUGGUGCCGUUGAGUGAAGAGCUCUAUCAAAAGGUGAUAGAUCACGGUGAGAAGGAGAAGACAAUGGAGGUCAAGGUUUUUGAAACUGUAGUACAGCAGAUUUGGUCCAUCCUGCCCGGAUACUGCGAUUUGCCAUUGGAUCUGGUGGACGCUUUCGACCAGAGCUUUUGCGAGAUGCUGGCAAACCUUCUCUAUGGCCAGGCCGAUCUGCGAACGGACAUUUGCCGAGCUCUCCAGAACUUGGUGGACAGCAACAAAGCCAUUGUAGAACUGGAAUCCGACGACGACUUGCUGGCCCAGGCCCGUAUCUCCAAAGCCGAUGCACAGAAGAACCUGGACCAUCUUGCUGGUUUUGCUAGCAACAUGCUCGCAGUCCUCUUCAAUGUUUACAGCCAGACUCUGCCGCAGUAUCGUGGCACCAUCCUCAGGACUAUCAAUGCAUACCUAAGCAUUGUACCUGAGAGAGAACUCAUGGAAACCUUUGAACGAGUUGCGACUAAUCUUGAGGCCUCGCUUCCUGACCCUGGCUCACAGACACAGGCAGCCAAGCAAAAGCAGGAGGUAGGCCCAAACAAGAUGCCGCCCAUGAGCCACACCCUCAUGGACUUGAUUAUCACAAUCGCCCUGUACCUCCCACGCGACAGCUAUCGGUCGCUGUUUCGCAUGGCUGAGAUUAUGAUCAACCGCGAGAACGAGCCGCAACUGCAGAAGAAGGCGUACAAGCUUAUUCCUCGUCUUGCAGAGUCUGAGAUGGGUCGAGCUGCUUUGAAAGAGCGCAAUGCAGAGCUACAACAGCUGCUUCUUGGAAGUGCAGAAAAGGCCUCCGCCCCUGCACGGAGAGAUCGGCUGAACGCGUUGUUCCAGGUGCUUGAAGCCUUGCCACAAAGUGAUCUUCACUUUAUCCCAUCGAUCCUUUCCGAGGUGGUCAUCUCAGCCAAGGAGACUAAUGAGAAAGCUAGGGAGGCAGCCUACAACCUGCUCGUCGCAAUGGGCGAGAAGAUGGCCCAGGGCGGUCAGGUUGUGCAAUCCAAGGUACCCAAUAUGCCUGCCGAUGCCCCAACUGUGGAAGCUUCGCUCGAGGAGUACUUUACGAUGGUGUCAGCGGGUCUGGCUGCCACGACACCGCACAUGAUUUCUGCAUCCAUUACCGCCGUCACCCGUAUACUUUACCAGUUCCACAAUCAGAUUUCACAGGAGACCAUCACAAACCUAUGCGACCUGAUGGAUAUCUUCCUGCAGAACCCCAAUCGCGAAAUCGUCCGCAGUGUACUUGGCUUUGUCAAAGUCGAGGUUAUCUCGUUGCCCGAGUCGCUUGUACGCCCACGUCUCAACACCCUUCUCAAGAAUUUGAUGGUCUGGAGUCACGAGCACAAGGCCCACUUCAAGGCCAAGGUCAAGCAUAUUGUAGAACGUAUGGUCCGCAAGUUUGGUGUAGAGGAAGUCGAACGUGCCACUCCUGUAGAGGAUCGCAAGUUAAUCACCAACAUCCGCAAGACGCGCGAGCAACGUAAGAAGAAGAAACAACAGGCUGCGGAAGAUGGUGAAGAGCCAACCGAGAAGCGCAAGGGCAAAUUUGAGAGCGAGUACGACCAGGCCGUAUAUGGCAGUGAAAGCGAGGAGAGUGAGGGUGAUUCUGAAGACGAGUUUGUCAAGAAUCAAAGCAAGCAACAGCGCGGUGCAAAGGGCGGUAAUACUUAUAUUAUCGAAGACGAGGAUGAGCCACUCGACUUGCUCUCCAAACGCGCUCUCGGAAACAUUUCAUCUACGAAGCCUCUGCGUCAACGCAAACAACCAACGAAGAUGAAAGCGCGCACGAAUGAAGACGGCAAGCUCAUCCUCGGUGAUUCAGACGACGAGACAGAGGUCAAGGGCAAGAAAUCUAAGAAGCAGGCUGAUGACGAUGACGACGCACUCAUGGAUAUCGACGAUCAAAACACAUCCUUGGAGGCAGGCAUCAACGCCUAUGUGGACGCCAUCCGAGGCCGUGACGCCGCCAAAACUGGCCAGAAGGGACGUCUCAAGUUCAGCAACAAACGCACUCAUGGAGACGACGAAAUGGACAUGGAUGACGACGGUGCCGAGGCCGAUUGGCAAGACAUUCGCAAAGCAAAGUCUGGCUCAGGCAUGGGUAGGGGUAGCAUGAAGAGCGGAGGAGUUGGACAGAAGAACCAGAGAAGGGCAUUGGGUCAGGAGAGAUCAAAAGGAGGAAACGUUAGUGGCGGAGAAGGCAGGGGGUCAAAAGGCAGGAUUGAAAAGACAAAGAGUCCUAGGGGCAGAGGCGGCGGCCUCAGAGGAAAGGGACCGAGUGGAAAGUGGAGCGGACCAAAGUAAAAUGAAGAGAUAGGAUGAAU